GCAAGCCCAUGUGGCUUUGCGGCGCCCCCUCGGAUUGCCCGCCCAGCCUGGGGUGUCGGUCUAUCCCCACCUCGGAAGCUUUCGCCGAUAAGAAGCGCGGCCGAGUCGUCCGCGGCAGACAGCACCGAAUCAGCUGCCUCUUCUUGGCUCAAGGAGGUUGGCCUUUUCAGCGGCUACUUCUUCCUCCAGACGGGCAUGGGCUUCAUGAUGAAGUUCGUGUUGUCGAAGGUGGCCGUGGUGCCCGGCCUCAAAGGGAUUCCAGCGCCCUUCUUCGUCACCUGCUGUCAGCAACUGGUCAGUUUCAGCAUCAUGUGCUUGGUGCUGCUCGGCUCUCGAGCGAUUGGCCGACCCUACAGCCCUCAGAAGAUCUCGAAGCAGGAGAUGAUCACCGUGCUGUGCCUGGCUGCAGCCUUCUCGCUGAACAUUGGUUCGAACCUUCUUUCCAUGUCCUUGAUCCCUCUCUCCUUGAGCAUGAUCAUCCGGGCCUGCUCGCCGAUCACCACGGCGGCUCUGCAGUCCAUGGACAAGAAGCAAAGGACGCCAUCUGCGCCUGAGUGGCUCUGCCUGCUGAUCGGAGUCGUUUGCGCCGCAGCUGUGACACUAGCAGAAAGCGGUGGAGUGGCGGGUGAGGCGUCCUUCCUAUUCUUCUUCGGGGUAGCGAUAUGCGUCUUCAGCAUCUGCUGCGGUGGACUUGAUUUUGUCCUGAAGGCGAAGCUGGGUAAGGGACCGAAGCUGAAUGCCUUGGACUUGAACUUCUACAAUGCUCUGCCUGUGGCCUGUUUGACGGGACUCGCCGCCACAGUCAUACCGAAGCCAGUGUCAGCCACAUGGGCUGCCAGAUAUAUUCCGCAGAUGACGGAUCUGCAGGUUGUGAAAAGGCUGUUCCAGGUCAACCCGUCCAUAGUCAAAUGGGUCGUGUUCUCUGGACUUGGCGCCUUCGUCUAUAACCUUUACGUGACCUUCAUGGUCGUGAAGCUUAGUCCAGCGACCUCGGCCUUCGCAGGUAACUUCAACAAGAGUGCGGCCAUACUGCUGUCUCUGGUAUUCCUGGAGGGGGCCGCGCCCUGGAAGACGGGAAGCCUUCGGGAUUUCGCGAAGAUAGGUGCGGUCCUGGGCAACAUCGUGGCCUUCACGUGCUACAAUGUUCUGAAGAAGAGGAAAACUGCCAGCAAAGCCUGA